AUGAAGAAAAAAUCAACGCCAGCAUUCCUGGCGACAAAACUUGAAACUGCACCGGCUUCAGUACAACAAGAAGAGAAAAAGGUUCCUAAAGCAGUGAAACCUAUAGCAGCAGUGCCUCCAGCCUUAGGAAAACCGAAAGAAGCCCCUCAAACACCAGUUCCUCGUACUCCACAAACUUUCGAGUCUUCGGCUACAAUGGAGUCUGGUGGCACACCAGCCACAAUUGCAUUGAAUGGAGAAAAUACUAUUCGCGAGGUAGAUGAUUCGGACUAUUAUCCAAGAGGAUUUCCAGAUGUUUCUGAGAUGACAAUUGACGAGGAAAACCUUGAUUUAGACCCUCCAAAAAGACUCGAGAAUAGGAAGUACGGUGAAGAGGUUUCACUUGAACCUUUCGAUUCAUAUUCGCCAAAGAUACAGGCGCUAUUGGACCCCAAACAAAACAAUAAUAUAUUCGGGUCGCCAUUUGCAUUAUCGUACCACUCUCAAGCCAGCAGUCCUCAUGAAACACCAAAAAUAUCUGUGAUGCCUGUUUUCGAUCAUUCAAAGAAUUCGUCCAAAGAAUCCAAAGCACAAAUGAAUGUCAGCGAGCUGCUUGUUGGAGAAGCUUUGUUUCCCAAGUCUCUUCUGCCCCAUGAGGUUGAAAGUAUUGUUUCGCUUGAGCGUUCCCGGUCAAUGAAAUCUGUACGGUCGGGCAAGAGAAGCUCGUUCAUGAAUUAUGAUGGCUCGGAUGAAAACAUCAUUUUUGCCGAUUCUUCUUCGCAGAACGUCUCAGGUAUGAAAAGAUCAGGGUCCAUCUUGAAAAACUCACAUUCUACUUCUAGCAUAAUGUCUCCACUGAUCGAUGCUUCUUUAGAAGUAGCAGCCAUCUUGUCUGAAGUACAAAAUGCAGAAGCAGCAGAAGCAACAAAAGAGGCACAUACAUUGGCACCUCCACAACUUCCUGCCGCGCCAGCCUCAGAUGACUUUUUUGAGAAUUAUGAGGAUUUGAUUGAGUUUACUGAUUUUAUUGAUAUUGAAAAUCUUGAUUUCUCCUCUUCUCCUCUCCAGAGCAGUGCGAUUGAUGAAAGCGGAGAUGAUCAAGAACGAGACGCAGUUCACGCACAUAUGUUAGACCAGGCCCAUGCUGCGCAAUCUGCUCAAGUUAUUAAUACAGUUGAAAACCUGGAAUUUGCUUCGGAUGCAAAUGGAGUCCAAAACGGUAAAGACGUCCAAUCUAUCCAAGUACCCCCACCAAAUAAAACCAACGAAGCUAACAGAGCCUCUAUGCGACAGGAAGAACCUACAAUUAUAGUUGUUGACUCUGCGUCCGGGCUGGAACCACAGACGCCACCACCCCAGCCUGUGGACGAUGCAAACACACCUAAUUCAAUAAUUAAGUCACCAAUUCUUGACACGGCAUACCGUAUGGCUGUCAACGAAGCCGUGGCACGAGAAAGUCCAAGCACUGCCGCUCGGCCCAUCUCAAUGUCUUUCCGUGGCUUCAGCGGGCUGGCAUUGAAGAAUCAGCAGUUGCAUCAAUCGGGCUCCCAUCAACUGUUCCAUUUGGCUGACAGCCGUCUGAGCGACUCGCUUGCAGUGGGAGAAGGUUUCGGCUCUUCGGACGACGAGGAUGACGACGAAUACGAUGAUGAAAACGCGUACGGUGUCAGACCUCCGUCUCGUGAUUCUAAACAGGGACUCGGUUCAUCUGGAUCAUCAGCCAACCGUGCAGCGCAAACUUCGUCAAAAUACAGCGACCUUCAGCCACCGCAGGCAAUGCCAUUCCAUCACGACCGCAUUCCGUCAGUGUCGGACCACAGCACUACAUCUAGCCCACGGCUGUUUUCGUCAUUCAUCUCGCGCAUCCGCAAGUCUCCGAUGGCGCUGCCGCGGCCAACUUUCGGUAAAAAGGGUGUGAGAUUUUCGUCUAGGAUUAUUCUCUACGAUACGUUCGACGGAGAAGAGUACGACCGGCACCCAGAUGUUGCCACUUGUAAUCAGUUGACGCCGAUGUUGGCGCAACAAAUUAAAGACGAGUUGAAUGAAUUCAAGAGCGCCAUGGUCAUUCACAAAGACAGUCAGUGCAACACGCACUUUUUCUGA